CCAACAAAGGUUAGCAAAACCUGCAAGAAGAAAAUCGUGCCUGACAGUAAAAGAGUCACCAAAGCAAAAGACAUCAGUGCCAAGCCAAGGAGAGAGAAGACCCCGAUCCUCUGUGCAGGAUGUACUAACGUGUUCGAGGAUGAAGACGUCCUAAAAGAACAUAUUGAGAAAGAGCACCCUGAUAAGGAAGAGCAGGGAAGGAAGAGACCCAGGAGGUCUACUGUCAAGAGCCAUUUCUGCCAAAUCUGUCAGGACAGCUUUGCCAAGAACAGUGAGCUGCUAUUUCACGGCAGCACCUGCCAUGCAGGACAGCUGAAACGCACAGAACCUAACUCUACAAGAUCUCACACUUGGCAGGAGAGUGACGAUGAAAGCGGCGAAUGGAACGACAACGAGGAAAGCAUGAGCGAUGAAGAACCUGCAGUCGCAACAAAGAGAAGGAAACAGAAUGGGGGGGCCAAAAAGAGGAAGAAGAGGGCAAAAAAAGAUAUAGAGUACAAUCUUGAACACGCAGAGCAAAUGUGGUGCGUGUACUGUGACGCGACAUUCAGCUCUCCAUGUAAUGGCAAGCAACACAGUAGAGUUGCCCAUGGCUUGAUGUCAGGGGUAGAAAGAAAGUUCAAAGCAAAAGACACUUCAGCCUGCCAACAUUGCAGUGCUCCCUUCUGCUCUCCGAUAAAGCUGAAAGCACACAUUUUAUCCCUGCACGGCCCAAACAAGAAGCCUUACAAGUGUGAUACCUGUCAGACAGAGUUUUCACUGGUGCGAAAUCUGCAGGAUCACCUAAAGCAGGCUGGAAGUACAUGUAAGCUACAUUGUCAGGAUUGUGAUGAAACCUUUACCAAUCUGGCUACAGCCAGGGUACACGAGCAGCUACUCCAUCCACCGACCAGUCAACAGACAGUGAACUCUCCUAAUGGCAAGAAGGCUCCAAGGCAGGAAGAUUUGGAUGCUGCUCUGCGAUGGUGCAAGUACUGUGAUCUAGCCUAUCAGUCAAGCGUGGCAUUAAAGGCACAUAUGACAAAGUAUCAUGGAGCCUAUAGUUUGGAUAGUGAAGCAUUCACGGGAGUUUUAGAACACUGUCGUCUCUGUAACGCACCAUUCACCUUCCGUAGAACACUUCGGUCCCACCUACAGGAAGUGCACAAGGUCUUCCCAGACUUUGCACUACAGAAGAGCUCCACCAUUUCCCCAGUCCACGAAUGUGAGAGGUGUUGCCAGAAGUUCCCGGGGCCGGCACAGUUGCAACUUCACCUGGAAGAAAGAAUGGGAGAAUGCACAGUGAGCUGCCAACAAUGCGGGAAGUCUUUCUGCAGUCUCCCCAGUCUCCGCUUACAUGAAGCCCACAAACACUCCAUGGUGAAAUGUAACCUUUGCCGGAAGAGUUUUGUCAAUGUGCAAUCUCUGGGCAGGCAUAUAAAGAAGGUCCAUCAAAAUGGUCAGGAGACAAAGUCAGAUUCUCCAGAAUGGUGCCAGUACUGUGAUAUCAGUUUUGCAGAGAAGAAAAGCUUCAAUAGGCAUAUGAAAGUGUACCACGGGGCCGGUCACCCCAACAGGAUCAAUGCUGGGAAUGAUCUUAAGCUUUGCAGUCAGUGUGAUGCCCCCUUCACCAGUACGAAAUCCAUGCUAAAGCAUGUACAAGACAUCCAUGGGGUGUACACAGACACUGGUACAUCAAUUCCUCCAAAUGCUUCUAAAACGCACAAGUGUCCGACCUGUUCGAAGGUCCUUCCGGGUCCACAGCAACUUCAGGCUCAUCUUACAGAGAGAAAUGGGCAGUGUAAGAUGACGUGUGAGGUGUGCGGGCAAACGUUCGACAGCCUUUCCAUGUUCCGGUCGCACGAGAACAACAUGCACCAUUCGGUGAAGAAGUGUAAGUUGUGUGAGGCCACAUUCAAGAACACGAGUGGGCUUGGGAGACACAUGAGGAAUACUCACAGCUCUGAGAGCAAUGCCAUGAUGACCUCCAGCCAGAGAUGGUGUCCCUACUGCGAUCAAACAUUCGUCUACUCUAACAACUUCUCCACGCAUAUGAGGGAAUUUCAUUAUCCCUCUGGGUAUUCAUUAUCAUCCAACGAGCCGGCAGGUGUCACAGAUGACCUGCCACACUGUGAGGUCUGCGAUGCUCCAUUCUCUACACGUAGGCUCCUGAAACGACACGUACUCAAAGCACACGAGCUGCCUGCAUUUACCAAAGGGCAGACACAGGCGACGCAUCAGUGUGAGACAUGCUGUCAGACGUUUCGCGGCCCCCAACACCUGGACAACCACUUGCGUAGCGGCCAAGGCAAGUGCCGAGCGACCUGUCCAUGGUGUCAUGAAGCCUUUUAUCGUCUUGCCAGUGUACGGGUACACGAGGUGAGAUGCAGUAAGAGAAUCCAGGAGGAACCAGAAGGACAACAAAGCAGUGCAUCACAUAAAGACACUCCUGCCUUCAAAGACACUGAGUCCAUUGUCCUUGCCACAUUGGAGCAGCAAUGGUGUAGUCACUGUGACUUGAUACUGUCUGCAGAGAGCGCUUUGUCUAAGCACAUGACAGAAUUUCAUGGGGAAGGAUCUGCACCGGAAGCAGGCUUGGUUUACUGUAAGACAUGUAACUCUCCAUUCACAGACGAAGCCAAACUUCUCUCACAUUCUCAGAAGCUACACAAUGUUAGCCCAUACGUGCACAUCCAUUGCUGACUUGACCAGCCACACACCUUCAUCCAUACAAUGUGGGUCCUGUCAGAAGUGUUUCAGCUCUGUACAGGGAUUAGAGGAGCAUCUAAUGGCCAGGAAUCAUGCAUGCCUUGUAGACUGCAAAACUUGUGGGCUGCAAUUUAGCAGCAUAUGGAGGCUUCGUUGGCACGAAUACAGAACACACGCAAAACACU